CCGCGGGCGGGCACGAUGCCUUUCCUUCCGGAGGCGGAGGCGGGGGCGGCGGGGCGCGCGGUGGCCCUGGCCCUGGUGCUGCUCCUCCCCGCCGUGUCAGCGGGCGCCGGCGCCCUGUUCCGCCUGCAGCCCGGCAUGCCCAACGUGUGUGCGGAGCGGGAGCUGACCCUGGUGGGCCGUCGCCAGCCCUGCGUGCAGGCCUUCAGCCGCGUGGUGCCCGUGUGGAGGCCGGGCUGCGGGCGGCAGGACUGGUGUGUCGGCCACAAACGCAGGACCAUCUACUACACGGGCUACAGGCAGGUGUAUGCCACGGAGGCCCAGACCGUGUUGCGGUGCUGCCCGGGGUGGAACCAGCAGCCCGGAGAGCAGGGCUGCCUCUCCUCCCAGUGCAGCCCCGGCCUCUGCUUUAACGGCGGCCACUGCGAGCCCGACUCGGCCCAGCUGUGCCACUGCCCCCGCGGCUUCCACGGUCCCCGCUGUCAGCAUGACGUGGACGAGUGCCAGGUGCACAACGGCGGCUGCCAGCACAGGUGUGUGAACACGCCAGGCUCCUACCUCUGUGAGUGCAAGCCCGGCUUCCGGCUCCACGCGGACGGCAGGACCUGCCUGGCCAUCAACUCCUGCGCCCUGGGCAAUGGCGGCUGCCAACACAACUGUAUUCAGCUCACGGUGACCCAGCACCGCUGCCAGUGCCGGCCCGAGUUCCAGCUCCAGGAGGAUGGCAAGCGCUGCAUCCGGAGAAACCCGUGUACCGACCGGAACGGCGGCUGCAUGCACACGUGCCGGGCGCCCCGGGGCCUUGCCCACUGCGAGUGCCACGCGGGAUACUGGCUGGCAGCGGACCGCAAGGCCUGCGAAGAUGUGGAUGAAUGUGCCACAGGCCUGGCCCGGUGUGCCCACGGCUGCCUCAACACUCAUGGGUCCUUUAAGUGUGUAUGCAACGCAGGCUACGAGCUGGGUGCCGAUGGCCAGCAGUGCUACCGGAUCGAGAUGGAGAUAGUGAACAGCUGCGAGGCGGACAACGGCGGCUGCUCUCACGGCUGCAGCCACAGCAGCACGGGGCCCGUCUGCACCUGCCCCCGCGGCUACGAGCUGGGCGAGGACCAGAGGACCUGCAUCGAUGUCGAUGACUGUGCCGAUUCCCCGUGCUGCCAGCAGGUUUGCACCAAUAGCCCUGGCGGCUACGAGUGCAGCUGCUAUGCCGGCUACCAGCUUGGCGCCGACGGCUGCGGCUGUGAGGACGUGGACGAGUGCAGCUCCGGCCGCGGCGGCUGUGAGCACCAUUGCACGAACGUGGCCGGCUCCUUCCAGUGUUCCUGCAAGGACGGCCACCUGCUGGACGAGGACCGCCGGGGCUGCAGCCCCCUGGAGAUGCCCGAGGUGGGCCUGGACGGCCAGCUGCCCCUCGUGCGGCACCCCCCGCAUGUGGCAGUGCUCCAGAACGAGCUGCCCCACCUCUUCCAAGAUGACCACACCGGGGCCGAGGCGGAGGAGGAGGAGGAGGAGGAGGAGGAGGAGGCGCGGGGCGAACACACACUGGAGGAGAAGUUCGUCUGCCUGGACGACUCCUUUGGCCCAGAUUGCAGCUUGACCUGUGCUGACUGCAGGAACGGGGGGACCUGCCUCCCCAGCCUGCGUGGCUGUGACUGCCCCGACGGCUGGACCGGGCUCGUCUGCAAUGAGGCUUGUCCCCCAGACACCUUCGGGAAGAACUGCAGCUUCUCCUGCAGCUGUCAGAACGGCGGGACCUGCGACCCUGUGACGGGGGCCUGCCGCUGCCCUCCGGGUGUCAGUGGAGCCCGCUGUGAGGACGGCUGCCCCAGAGGCUUCUACGGCAAGCACUGCGGUAAGAAGUGCCACUGUGCCAACCGGGGCCGGUGCCACCGCCUCUACGGGGCCUGCCUCUGUGACCCGGGGCUCUAUGGCCGCUUCUGCCACCUGGCCUGCCCGCCGUGGGCCUUCGGGCCGGGCUGCUCGGAGGAGUGCCGGUGCGAGCGGCCCAACACGCGCACGUGCGACCGGAGGGACGGCAGCUGCGCCUGCAAGGCGGGCUUCGCGGGCGAGCGGUGCCAGGACGAGUGCCGGCCGGGCUUCUUUGGGCCAGGCUGCCGGCAGGCGUGCGCCUGCCCCCCGGGCGUGGCCUGCGACCCCGUCGACGGCCAGUGUGGGAAGCGGUGUCCUGCCGGCUACCAGGGCGAGGACUGUGGCCAAGAGUGCCCGGCCGGGACGUUCGGCAAGGACUGCUCAGCUCCCUGCCGCUGUGAGGGGGCCCCCUGCGACCGGGCCACGGGGCAGUGUCUGUGCCCUCCUGGGAGGACCGGCGCUGACUGUGGGGCAGAUUGUCCUGAAGGUCGCUGGGGGCUGGGCUGCCAGGAGAUCUGCCCGGCGUGCGAGCACGGUGCCUCCUGUGAGCCCGAGACCGGAGCCUGCCUGUGCCGCCCCGGCUUCACGGGCCGCCGCUGCCAGGACGCUUGCCCAGCAGGCUGGUUCGGGCCCAGCUGCCAGCUGCCAUGCUCCUGCGUUAACGACGGGCCCUGCCACCCGGUGACUGGCCGCUGCAGCUGCGCCCCGGGGUGGACCGGCCUCAGCUGCCAGAGAGCCUGUGACAGCGGCCACUGGGGACCCGACUGCAGCCACACCUGCAACUGCAGCGCAGGCCACGGUAGCUGCGACGCCGUCAGCGGCCUGUGUCUGUGUGAGGCCGGCUACGUGGGCCCGUGGUGCGAGCAGCGGUGUCCCCAGGGCUACUUCGGGCCAGGCUGUGGGCGGCAGUGCCAGUGUGAGCACGGGGCAGCCUGUGACCAUGUCAGCGGGGCCUGCACCUGCCCGGCCGGCUGGAGGGGGACCUUCUGUGAGCGCGCCUGCCCGGCCGGCUUCUUCGGAGUGGACUGCCACCGCGCCUGUGACUGCAGCGCCGGGGUGCCCUGCGACGCCGUGAACGGUUCCUGCCUCUGCCCUGCCGGCCGCCGGGGCCCCCGCUGCGCCCAGACCUGCCCCGCCCACACGUACGGCCACAACUGCAGCCAGGCCUGCUCCUGCUUUCACGGGGCGUCCUGUGAUCCGGUCCACGGGCGCUGUCGCUGUGGCCCUGGCUGGAUGGGGCCCACCUGCCUGCAGGCCUGUCCCGCGGGCCUCUACGGUGAGGACUGCCAGCAUUCCUGCCUCUGCCAGAACCGGGGCACCUGCGACCCCGUCUCAGGCCACUGCACCUGCCCAGAGGGCUGGGCCGGGCUGGCCUGUGAGAAGGAGUGCCUCCCGGGGUUCUUCGGAGCCGGCUGCCAGCACGUCUGCGGGUGUCUCCACGGCGGCCUCUGUGACCGGCACACAGGCCACUGCCUCUGCCCGGCCGGCUGGACCGGGGACAAGUGCCAGAGCCCCUGCCCGCCCGGCUGGUUUGGAGAGGCCUGUGCCCGGCGCUGCCGGUGCCCACCCGGCGUUGCCUGCCACCACGUCACCGGGCAGUGUCACUGUCCCCCAGGCUUCACUGGGCCCGGCUGUGAGCAGGGGUGCCCGCCCGGGCGGUUCGGGCCCGGCUGUGAGCAGCUGUGUGGGUGUCUCAACGGGGGCUCCUGUGACGCGGCCACAGGGGCCUGCCACUGCCCCGCUGGGUUCCUCGGAACCGACUGCGGCCUCGCCUGUCCACACGGCCGCUUUGGGCCCCGCUGUGCCCACGUGUGCAGGUGUGGGCAGGGGGCGGCCUGUGACCCCGUGACCGGGAGCUGCUCCUGCCCCCCCGGGAGGACCGGCGUCCACUGUGAGCACGGUUGCCCCCAGAACCGGUUUGGUGUCAACUGUGAGCACGUGUGCUCCUGCAGAAACGGGGGCCUGUGUCACGCCGCCAACGGCAGCUGCUCCUGCGGCCUGGGCUGGACGGGGCUACACUGCGAGCUGGCCUGCCCCGCUGGGCGCUACGGUGCCGCCUGCCUUCUGGACUGCUCCUGCCGCAACCACGGCGCCUGCGAGCCCUCAUCGGGCGCCUGCCGCUGCGGCCCCGGCUUCUAUGGCCAGGCCUGCGAGCAUGGCUGUCCGCCUGGCUUCCACGGGGCUGGCUGCCGGAGGACGUGCGAGUGCCAGCACGGCGCCCCCUGCGACCCCGUCAGUGGCAAGUGUCUCUGCCCUGCCGGCCUCCACGGCCAGCUCUGCGAGAAGGGGUGUGAGCCGGGCUCCUUUGGAGAAGGCUGCAACCAGCAGUGUGACUGCGAGGAGGGGGUGCCCUGUGACCCCGUCACCGGCCACUGCCUGUGCCCCCCGGGGCUCACGGGGGCCGCCUGUGACCUGGGCUGCGGAAGGGGCUUCUUCGGGCCAGGCUGUGCCUUGAGCUGCUCCUGCGGGCGAGGGGCUGACUGUGACGCUGUCAGCGGGCAGUGCCGCUGCGUGGACGGCUACAUGGGGCCCAUGUGCCAGCAGGGUGGGCCCUCCCAGUUCCCCGAGACCCCAUCUCCAGCCCCGGGCCCAGUGGCUUCACAAUCAGCCUCUCACCCGCCCGGGCUCAGCAGCAGCGCAGAGAAGCACUAGCUCAGG